AUGCAGAGGCUAAAGCCUAGCGUCUCCAGUAAGCCUCCGUCGCGUAAGACACCCUUCCAGCCUGCUCAUGAGCUCCAGUAUGGACCAAAAGUCAUGGCGAAGGAUGCUAGCGGUGUAGUGUGCUCCGUGCGCUGUCAGUUUUGCAAAUAUUUUGGGAGAGAGGAAUCGAAGAACGGCAAGAGACGACGAAUCCAAAACCAAAAGUUUUACAAGCCCCCAUAUCGACCUCAAGACUACACAGAUCAUAACACAACAGCUCAUGGUAUUAAGUGGGCGCAGUAUCAGGCCCUGAGCAGAGACGAGAAAUCGGCAUUUUUCUCUGGUCAAAUUUCACACAACAAUCAGUUAUCCUCCCACUACGAAGUCGAGUCUUCUACACUGAGCUUUGACAUUCCGGAGCAUAUAGUGACUGAUUUGAUAGGAAAAAUCUAUUUCAAUGACGAAGAUGAAGGCGCUUCAGAACCUGUCGCACUUCGAGCAUUUGGAGACGCUGAUGCAGGAGUUUACAGGCUACAAAUUAAAACGCCCUUCCGAUUUAAUCUCGCUAUUCAGCACAUGAGUGCUAGGCUAUCAUUUCGUCAAGCUGCUACCGUUAUCCAGCAGCACUAUCAAGCAACGGGAAAUAAUAAACUGUACGGGAUGACGGAUACGCUGGCGAGUACCUACGCUAGGUAUCUCGUUGCUAUUUCUUUUCAGCGGAUCGGUGAGCUCAUGGCCAAUUCAUACAUGUGGGUAUUUGCUUUUGCAAGUGAUAUAUCUACACACUACGAGCGUUCGUUCAUGGACCAACGUCUCAGGCUUGCUGUUGACGGUGUUCUAGUUAACAUCCACUUACUUGCUAUUCCUGUCUUUGAGCGCCACACUGCAAUCGUGCAAUUCAAUCUGAUUUCAACAACUCUUGAUGUUCUAUAUGGCCAAUGGAGAGACAAGAUGAUUGGAGUUGCCUCCGACGGUGAGAACACCAUGACCGGUCGCCAUGCAGGUGUAGUCACUCUUCUGGAAAACGAGGCUACACAUCCAAUUUUACGCGUCUGGUGUGCAGCGCAUCAAAUGGAUCUCGUCAUGAAAGCAGCAUUUGCAAUUGUAGACGACGGAAACUUCGUUAAAAAUACGAAAGACCUUAUCGUCCAUCUCCGCAGACAGAAAUUAUUGAUUGCAGACAUGGGCACUGCUGCAAAGAAGCUAACCAAUAGAUGGCUUUAUAUGGGCAACGCACUGGAAUGGAUCUUACGGAAUCACGCCCAGCUUAAUACUCAUUUGAAGGUCAUCAGUCCGCUUCACCAUCUUCAUCUUGGUGGGUUAAUGCUGCUGUUGUCUACGGCAUCACCUCUGUGGUUAAUGUGA